GCCUUGUGCGUGCUCGUUUCCGCCGCUCCGGUCAGUUGGUUCUUAUAUCGACGACGGAGGCGGGAGCGGGCUGAAACGGUCGGGGACCUGGCAAGAUGGGGGCUGCGUUGUUGUGGUUGCUAGGGGCCGUUCUGCUCUGCCGGAGCGGUGCCCAUGGAGCCGCUGGCUUUAUCAAAUCACCACUGUCCAAAAAGAAAUUGGUGGAGGACAGUGUGGAUUUGCACUGCGAAGCAGUUGGCAAUCCCAUCCCAGAGAUUCAGUGGUGGUUUGAAGGCGUCGACCCCAACGAGACCUACUCCCAGCUCUGGGAUGGCGCCCGGCAGGCCCGGGUCCAAAUCAACGCCACGUACAAGCAGCAUUCCACCAGCACCAUCUCCAUCUCCCGCCUGGAGCUCCUCGACUCUGGCACCUACGAGUGCCGGGCCAGCAACGACCCCGACCGCAAUCACUUGUCGAAGCGUCCCAAGGUCAAGUGGGUCCGGUCCCAGGCUAACGUUAUUGUCAUCGAACGGGGUGUAGUCAUACACCACAUAGUACCUGCUGGCACCAAGAUGCAACUGAUCUGUAACGUGACCCAGCCUUCGAUCUCCAUUGAAGGCCACCGUUGGAUGAAGGAAGGCAAAGUGCUGAAGGAGGAUUCUAGCAAUUCUCUUUUCACCCAAUUUGAGGUCAGUUUAGAGGACGCCCCCGGAGAAUACCACUGCAUCUUCCUCCCAGAGGUGGUCGGGAGGGCCGUGGUCCAAGUGAAAGGUUCUCCGCGGGUGAUGACUGUAAAGAAAUCCGAGCAUGGGAACGAGGGGGACUCGAUUACUCUCAUGUGCAAGAGCAGCUUGUAUCCCCCUGUAGAAGAGUGGAACUGGUACAAGGAGACCAAGGAGGGGAUUCAGUCCAUCGUGAACGGCACCGAAGAUAGAAUCUUCAUGCAGCACAUGGUGAACAAGUCGGAGCUGCAUAUCCUCAAGCUGGACCUCGAGUUAGACCCCGGGAAGUACUACUGCAACGCUAGCAACACCGAAGGGACCUCGGGCCUCAUCCUGACUCUGCGGGUCCGCAGCCGCCUGGCCGCCCUCUGGCCCUUCCUGGGCAUCGUGGCCGAGGUGCUCAUUCUGGUCACCAUCAUCUUCAUCUAUGAAAAGAGGAGAAAGCCGGACGAGGUCCUGGACGAUGAUGAUGGAGGAUCUGCCCCGCUGAAAAGCAGCGUGUCUGCAAAUGACAAGGACAAAAGCGUACGUCAGAGAAAUGCCACCUAGGCAAGAGGUGACUUCAGCUGAAGAGCUCACCCAGAGGGAUGCGUAUGUGUGUGUGGGUCUGUGUGUUUGGGUGUUGGUUUGCAAUGUAGCACAGAAAAUACACCAGUGUACCUUGCGAAAUGUGAGUUCUCUUCACCUUUUUAAGAAAGACAAAAGCAAAAUAAGUCGAAUUCAAAUGAUACUUUUUUCCUUGUUUUUUAAGCUUUGGGAGGGAGUUUUCUAUAUGCAGAUUUCCACCCCUUGGCUGCCAUUUUUGGUCUUUGUGUAUCUUUUAUAUUUAAGAGAUCCUCAGUGAUGUGGGCUAAGAGGAACGUGCUCUGCUUGUCCUCUUCUGGAUUUGCACCACUCCACGUUCUUGGCAGGGAGGCUCCGAGCCAGGGCGGGAGACGCCUCUGCUGGUGACACGUUCCUUUUUUUAGCUGGCGUCCCCCCCACCUCCAAUUCCCCCCCAGGUUCUUCCCCUCACCCGCUGCUCCUCAGUGGCAGCACAUCCUGAAAGCAAAACCAACUGCUGGGUGUAACCAACCCAUUCUCACUUUCCCCAGCUUAAAUCUUGUGAAAAGGGGUGCUCUCAUUUGCCCUGUGAGCCUGCCUGUCCAAAGCAAAUGAUGCUGUGUCUUUCUCUCUGUCCCUCUCCCCCUGUCUGUGUGUGUGCCGGCCAUGAGUGUGGUUCAAGUGACCUCUUGAUGUGAUCUGAACGAGAAAGUGGGGGCUCAGCUAGUAAAGAAAGGAUAUGCAGGCAGCAUGUGGGUCCCCGCUCUCCCUUUUGCUGACUGUGUGCCGUAAUUACCACCCCUGACUGCCCCAACUCACUCUGCCGUGGUCUUUCUCCCUGGGAAUGUUUUUCUGCCACAGACCCUUCCAGCGGGCCUGGGCUUGAUUGUAGUGUUAACUUAUUGCGCAGGUAAUUUUUCUUCUCAAGUGUCACUGUAAUACCAUUGUUCACUGGGAGUUGUGUAUUAGAUGACAGAACUCUGUUCUUUUUUCCCCCCCGACCGCGUGUGUACGUCUGUCCAGCAGUGAGUCUCUGACACCUACCCCGGGAGCCGCGGAACCUCUUUACUCCUCUCUCCCCGUGAGAUGGAGGCGCUUGUGGGUGGCCAGUAUUGUUCCAAUCAUCUGUGAUACCCCACCUAUCGACACUUUGCAAAUAAAGGCUUCUCCCUCCCAG